UUCCGUUAGAGACUAUCCUAAAAACUCAAAAUAAUUGUCAUCUUCAACAACUUUAGUAUCUGUGCUGAAAACAACGAAGAGAGAUUCCAGGCAUCACAAAUAACUUUUGCUAUGUACGUUGACAACACAUGCACAGUUUUUGUUGUUUCGCUGUUGCAGUUGUUGUUGAAAAUGUCGUAGUGGCAAGAGCAUAAAGCCCAGCUGACUUGACCACCUUGAAGCAAUGUUUUCCGGUUUUAUUGAUUUAGGUCAACUUCAGUUACGAAAAAGAUUUAACAUUUAAUACGGGUUUUUUGGACUUUGAUCACAAUGGCUUGCUUAUGUGCGACACCUUGAAAUUUACUCUGUAGCUGGUUACUAACUUUCUAAACGCCAUCGCUGGCAGAAGAACUUUGACGGAACUUUGACAUAACAUAUGCCAACAUGACUGUCGAUAGCAAACAAACGAGGGAAACAUUGUCCGUCCUCGGUUUAUGUCUACUUUUGUACAUUGUCAGUAGCAGCAAUAAUGUUAUUGGGAAAAUGCUGCUGAAUGAUUUUCCCUUCCCAAUGACAGUAACCAUGGUGCAGCUAACCUCUAUAUCACUCUACUCUGGACCUUUCUUUAGACUCUGUGGGGUCCGACGAUUUGUAGAUAUAAGUUGGCGUUAUUAUUUCAAACUCAUUGUACCGCUAGCGCUUGGUAAAUUUUUGGCUUCAGUACUAAAUCAUGUCAGUCUGUGGAAGGUAACCGUCUCAUAUGCUCAUACAGUCAAAGCCACUAUGCCACUCUUCACAGUAAUUUUGUCAAGGAUUAUUAUGGGUGAGAAACAGACAGGCAAGGUUUAUUUGUCGCUUGCCCCCAUCAUUGUUGGUGUAGCAAUUGCAACUCUGACAGAAUUAUCCUUUGAUAUGGCUGGUUUGAUAAGCACAUUAACUGCUACUCUUGGACUCUCUCUUCAAAAUAUUUUUUCUAAAAAGGUCCUCCAUGAUACAGGAAUGCAUCACUUACGUCUACUUCACAUUCUUGGAAGACUGGCUCUAUGUAUGUUUUUACCUCUGUGGUUGUACUUUGAUCUGGCUGCUGUUCUGAGUCAUCCCAAUCUUAUAAAGAAUGGAAGCUAUAGAACUCUUAUUCUUCUUUGGGCUGAUGGUGGUCUGAAUUGGCUUCAGAAUGUGUUAGCAUUCAGUGUCAUGUCACUUGUUUCACCUCUGACCUAUGCAGUUGCAAGUGCAUCAAAACGUCUGUUUGUCAUUGGAAUUUCACUAUUCAUUCUUGGGAACCCAGUAACCACUGUUAAUGUCCUUGGUAUGAUGAUGGCUGUGUUUGGAGUUCUUCUGUACAACAAGGCCAAAUAUGAUGCACGCCAGGAGGAGAAAAAGCAAACAGUUUUGCCUAUGACUCAACACUUACAACCUCAAUCUCAUAAGGGAUAUGUUAGUCUCCCUAGCUCACCUCACCACAAUCUGAACUAUCUUGAGCGUAGCACAAAUGGUAAUGUGAGUACUAUGCGAGCUGCUGGUCCUAAGCAAAAUGGAUCAGGAAAUAUUUUAACAAAUGGGUGGGCAGAUCAGAGCAUAAAUGUACAUAUUCAUCCUCCUAUUAAUAACAACAUCAGCAGUAAUGGUUACACAAGUAGAGAAAAGAAACUCUCCAAACCUAACAUCCUAUUUGUAUAAUGUUUUUUCUCUAAAAUAUCAUAACCAGAAUGUUUAGUGUAGUAAAGAUAUGCCAUCACACUUUUUUUCUCAAACAACUGUGCAGCUGUCUUUGAUUCUCUGUUGAAAGCAGAGAACAAUUUGGGUAUGUGCUGAUUUGUUUCCGUAGAAGUUGUUCAAUAAUCAUCUAAAGUAAGAUUUUAGAACGAAUUCUCAUUUUUAAUAUUCUACCUAGUCACUGUCCAUGCUGAAUUUGCACAAGGAUCAGGGUUGCAUGGAUUCACCUAGUUAGGUAUGUACUGUAGGUAGUAUAAGAAAAGUUUUAUUUUUGUAUGAAUUUAUGAGAAUUAGAUACCUUUAAUGGCUCAAAAAGUUUAAUCUCUAAGCUCAAACUACUCAUUUUAUCUGGGUGCGUAAAGGCUACCAGAUUUUGCGAAACCAUAAGAUGUAUAAUGAUACAUGCUAGAUAAUUUAAGAUUUGUGGUGUACAAUCAGAGCAUUUAAAUUUUAUGGUUUAGUUGCCAAAUCUCAUUUUUAUUUUGUUGUAUAUAUUUGCUGGAGAUUCCUUUAUUUUUAUUUUAUCUUUCAUUGCUAUUAUAUUAGCUGAGUUUCUGUGCUCUUUUACUAUUUGUUGUUAAUGAAUACGUAUGAAAAUAAUUUUUGUGUUGUGGUUGACUGAAGCUGUAUCGCUUCAAACGAGAUUUUUUAAAAGUGAAAUUAAUUUGUGUUGUGUGUUAGAUAUUGAAAUGCCUUGUUGCUGUUACAAUCAUUUUAUUUGUGUUGCAAAUUGAUAGCACAUCUAAAUUACAUUUACAGGUCUAUGUUUUGUUAUUGUUAUAAGUUUGGUUUUUUUCUUUUUAUAUUCUUUGUGUGCCUCGGAGUAUAUGAAAACAAUGAGAAAUCCUUUAAAAAACGUGUUAUGAUAUGCACUUGGGGUGUGAACUGUGUUUGUACACAAUUAUUUGGAAUGACACUAGAAGUGAGGCUGAUGAAAAUACUUCGACAGUUGUCAGAUCUGUUUUGGGGGGUAAUGUUUAAUGCGUAAGUGUUUGCAGAAAAUUCAAGGUUUGGAGGAGAUUAUGUUUAAUCUGCUUGCUCAAAGAAAUUUGUCAUCACACUUACUCAAGAAACUUAAAAAUUUUGAAUAACCCGUCUUUGUAUUAUCAAUAUUGUUUUGUUUUAUCUUAUGCUAAGUGUUGGCUUUGAUGUCAUUAGAAUUUACUAUCAUCAGGGUAAUGCUACUGAAGUGUUUGCCAUUAAUUAUAAAAGUGUUUCUUUUUUUUAGUUAGGGUGACAGUUUCUUUUUACUGCCAUAUUUAUUUAAAUUUGCCUAAGCUCUUCAAUUUACGUUGUCUUAUGUUAUAACUAUGAAAAACAGUACAAAGUUCAGUACAUUGAAGAUUAUUUGCCACAGACAUUGUCUUAUCUCGCUAAAUCUCAAUAUUCCCAAAGAACCAGUGUUGGACAGUAUUAAAAUUGUGCUAUUCUAGACAAAUUAAGCAGGAUGCUAAUCGUUAUACAUGUCAACUUUCUGGCAAUCUCGUUUGUGUUUUCUUUUCAAAGAAAUUUAAGCAUUAACUUAAAAUUUAUUGUGCUCUAUAUGGUGUGAGAACCAAAGAAUGUAAGUCAGCCUACACAUUCAUCGAUUGCACUCAAGCCGAGUGUAUGUGAUAUAUGUGUAAGUUUAUGUUGCUAAUAUUUGUAUAGAAAGGGCAUUAAUGCAUUGUUUUGGAACUUUCUAUAUUGUAAAGUGCCUUCAUCAUAAUCAUCAAUCCAUUGAUUUGGUCUCCUAACAUCUUGUUGGCAAAGAAAGACUCAUGUUGUAUUAUCAGACUGAAAA